CGAUUAAGGUACAUGCGAGAUAGAGAAACAAAAGUCCGAGCGAAAGCUAAUUAUAUGUCGAGGCAACCUGAUAUUAAUCCCGAAAUGAGAGCUAUCCUUGUGGAUUGGCUAUCAGAAGUAGCGCAGGAAUACAAAAUGCAUCAGGAAACGUUGCAUCUCGCUGUUUCAUUAGUAGAUAGGACUUUGUCGAAAUUUCGCACAAAUCGAGAUCGUUUGCAGUUAAUUGGGACAACUGCUAUGAUGAUAUCAUCAAAAUAUGAAGAAAUUUAUCCACCCGAGUUGAAAGAAUUUGUCUAUGUUACUGAUGACACUUAUACAGCAGAGCAGGUAGCUUCCUUACCCAAGCCGUGUCCUUUACUUUGCACUUUCUACAUUGUCGUCUGCAGAUUCUUCAUAUGGAGCGCAUCAUUUUGA